AUGUGUCCGUGUGCUUGCACAACGACCACAUCAACCACAUCAAGUACAACCACAUCAACUACAACGACUUCAACAACGUCAACCAGUACUAGCACAUCAACUACACAACGUCAACAACGUCCACUACCACGCACACCACAACAAGCACAACAUCAACAACAAGUACUUCUACAUCAACCAGCUCCACCACGACAUCAACAAGUACAUCAUCGACAACAAGUACUACAACAUCCACAUCAACCAGCUCCACCACGACAUCGACAAGUACAACAUCAACCAGCUCCACCACGACAUCAACAAGUACAACAUCAACAAGUACAUCAUCAACAACAAGUACUUCCACAUCAACCAGUUCCACCACGACAUCAACAAGUACAACAUCAACCAGCUCCACCACGACAUCAACAAGUACAUCAUCAACAACAAGUAAGAAAUGUCCAACUUAUCCGUGGACAUCCAGCGGUAAAGGGAACGACUAAAUAUAUGUCACCGGAAGUAUGUCGAACUGAGAAUGGUGUAUUUUCGCGUUAUGCAAAACCUGCCGGUACUGUAGCUCGGGAUGAUAUAAUACAACGUUGUUUACAAAUAAAUCCAUUAAAACGACUAACGGGUGAUCAAAUAUUAAAAACUUCUUUUUUUCAUUGUCAAUACUAA